ACGAACAUUCAUAUACAAGUUACUCAAACGAGCAAACGGUUGAAAGUUUUUUGUGAAACGUUUUAAAAAAAUAAUCCAAUAUGAAGGUCUUUAUCGUACUUUUGGCUCUAUUUGCUGUGUCUUUAGCAGCACCAAUAGCAAACACAGAGGAGAAAACUGCAGAGGUCGCAGACGUUUCAGCUGUUGAAAACAAAGUUGAAACUCCUGCUGACCAAACUGCUGAAACUGAAAAUAAAGCCCAGGAUGAAGAAAAGGACGAGGAGGAGGAUGCCGACGAGCCUGAAGAAGAUGCUCCUGAAGAUGAAGCCGAUGAGGAGGAAGACAUUCCUCAGGACAUCUCAGAAGAUAUGGAACUAGCCAUCCCAGAAGAUGAGGAAUUUCAGUUCUUUGAUGAGGAAACCGAAGAUGUCCCCGAGGAUGAAUCCGACGAAUCCGAAGAUGUCCCCGAGGAGACAUCUGACGAAUCUGAAGAUGUCCCCGAGGAGGCAUCUGACGAAUCUGAAGAUGUCCCCGAGGAGGAAUCUGAAACCGAAGAUGCUCUAAAAGAGGCUGAAACCGAAGAUGCUCUAAAAGAGGCUGAAACCGAAGAUGCUCUAAAAGAGGCUGAAACCGAAGAUGCUCUAAAAGAGGCUGAAACCGAAGAUGCUCUAAAAGAGGCUGAAACCGAAGAUGCUCCAAAAGAGGCUGAAACCGAAGAUGCUCCAAAAGAGGCUGAAACCGAAGAAAUUCCUGAAGGUCUGUCUGACGAAACCGAAGACCUCCCUGAAGGUCUGUCUGACGAAACCGAAGACCUUCCUGAAGAAGAGUCUGACGAAACCGAAGACCUUCCUGAAGAAGAGUCUGACGAAACCGAAGACCUUCCUGAAGAAGAGUCUGACGAAACCGAAGACCUUCCUGAAGAAGAGUCUGACGAAACCGAAGACCUUCCUGAAGAAGAGUCUGACGAAACCGAAGACCUUCCUGAAGAAGAGUCUGACGAAACCGAAGACCUUCCUGAAGAAGAGUCUGACGAAACCGAAGACCUUCCUGAAGAAGAGUCUGACGAAACCGAAGACCUCCCCGCAGAAGAGUCUCACGAAACCGAAGACCUCCCCGCAGAAGAGUCUCACGAAACCGAAGACCUCCCCGCAGAAGAGUCUGACGAAACCCAAAACGUUCCUGAAGAGUCAGACAAAACCGAGGAAAAAUAAACAAACACGAAGUUUUAUCUACGUGUAAUAAAUCCAAAUUUUUGGCGCACAUAUCUUUUGAAAAAAGCAUGAGCAAAUAAA